CUGAGCUGAUUGGCCCUCGGUGGGCUCGACUUGCCAGCACGGCGCCCGUCACCCAAUGGCCCGACGUGGCCGGAUUGCUUGGGUGGCUUGGAUUGAUUUGACUCCUUUGUCAGCUGCCAGCGGGAAGUUGGCUGGCCUGGCUCCCACACAAAUUUCCAGCCUCAACAACGACGAGAAAGACCCUCGUCAUACCGCUACUUGCGUUCAAACCGCCGGUCGCCCCUAUAUACGUGUCAAUUUGCCGACAGCGAGUAUACCUGCGUGCGAUACCCAUUGUCGCUGCGUCUGCCGCGUCGCUACAUACAUAGCCCGUCGUAUACGUUCGUUUCGAAUCCGAAUCGCGGAAUCGCCGGCACGAGCACGCAACGCACAGGAGUACCAGCCACCGUUCGGACGAGCAGCCGACCAGCAUAAAACGACGCUACGUGACCACCAUUGCGGUACUCGAGUCGUUGGCGCAGCUCCUCGCUGCCCGGGAAUAUAACAAUUUGAUGCCUACAGAGCCUCUCAGGCUAUGCCGAAUUACUCGACCAUCUCUGAAGAGGGGUCCUCCUCGACUGGCGAGAUGACGAGGCAAAAACGGACCCGCGCCCGCCAGAAGGAGGGCGGAGGACAGGCGACGAUGGUUAGCAGCGUCAUCAAUCUCCUCAAUACCAGUAC